AUGGCUGUCAUUGAGUAUUUAUUCACCAAUGAGACUGAAAUAAAGAUUAAUGAAGAAAUUAUUAAGAAGUCAGGAGGAUGGAAAUAUGCAAGUCUCUUGCUGGUGAAUCAAGGUCUAGCAACCUUAGCUUUCUUUGGAGUAAGUGUGAACUUGGUGUUGUUCUUAACCAGGGUUCUAGACCAAGAUAAUAGCGAUGCUGCAAAUAAUGUGAGCAAGUGGACUGGAACAGUUUACCUCUGCUCUCUGAUGGGAGCAUUCCUUAGCGAUUCCUACUGGGGUCGUUACUUGACAUAUGCUGUCUUUCAGCUGAUACUGGUGUCAGUUCUGGGGCUACUAUCCUUUGCUUCAUGGCUUUUCUUGAUAAACCCUGCGGAUUGUGGUGAUGGAACGAAGAUGUGCAGGCACUCAUCAUCAGUAGGCGUUGACUUUUACUUAUCAAUAUAUCUGAUUGCCUUUGGAUACGGGGGACAUCAACCGACGAUAGCCACUUUUGGAGCAGACCAGUUCGAUGAUUCGAAUCCCAAAGCAGCAGAUUCCAAAGCUGCAUUCUUUUGUUACUUCUACUUUGCACUUAAUGUGGGAUCUUUAUUUUCAAACACCAUACUGGUUUACUAUGAAGAUUCAGGAAAAUGGACGCUAGGCUUCUUGGUUUCCUUAUGUUGUGCUAUUAUAGCGUUACUAUUGUAUUUGUUGGGGACAUCAAGAUAUAAGUAUAUAACAUGUGGCAACCCACUAACACGCGUCGCUCAAGUAUUCGUGGCUGCUUUUAGGAAGUGGAAUGUAGCUCCAGCUACUGCCGAUGCGUUGUAUGAGGUAGAAGGACCUGAAUCCGCAAUCAAAGGCAGCAGAAAAAUCCCCCACAGUGAUGAUUUCAAGUUCCUGGACAAGGCGGCUACAAUAACUCAAUAUGAUUUGUGUGGAAGAAAAGAUCCAUGGAGGCUUUGCACUGUAACUCAGGUUGAAGAAGUCAAAUGUGCACUGAAAAUGUUGCCCAUUUGGCUUUGUACCAUAAUUUACUCUGUCAUCUUCACGCAAAUGGCAUCCCUUUUUGUGGAGCAAGGAGAUGUAAUGACCUCAAAACUGGGAGAUUUCCACUUUCCAGCAGCCAACAUGUCAGCUCUCGACAUUUGCAGCGUUCUCAUUUGCACCGGAAUCUAUCGUCAAAUUCUCGUCCCCUUGGCCAGAAGAUUGAGUGGUAGAUCCAAAGGAUUGACAGAGCUCCAAAGAAUGGGGAUCGGACUUGUGAUGGGAAUGAUGGCAAUGAUUGCGGGGGGUGUGACCGAGAUACAAAGACUCAAAUUGGUGAGGCCGGGUGAGAAAAAAAGUCGUUUAAGCAUAUUUUGGCAAGUUCCACAAUACGUAUUAGUUGGUGCAUCUGAAGUUUUCAUGUACGUUGGUCAAUUGGAGUUCUUCAAUGGACAAGCUCCGGAUGGUAUUAAAAGCUUUGGAAGCUCCCUUUGCAUGGCUUCCAUUUCUCUUGGAAACUACGUUAACAGUUUAUUAGUUAGCAUGGUUAUGGGGACUACGGCAAGAGAUGAUAGUCCGGGUUGGAUCCCAGCUGACCUGAACCAAGGCCAUAUGGACCGGUUCUUCUUCCUUAUCGCUGCUCUAACUGCUCUUGAUUUUAUAAUCUACGUGUUUUGUGCUAAAUGGUACUAA